AUGCACUUUCUCAACAAGUACACGCCACCCGCGCCGCUCGCCGAGGCCGCCUACGAGGCGCAGACCCCGCCCGAAGCGUACGACCUCGCCUUCUGCUACGACCUCCCGAGCGAGGCCGUGCUGCGCUCUGAAGGCGUCCGACUGGUGCCUUUGAUCCCCUCCCUCCACGGCCCUCGGCUCCACAAGCUCUACAACGCUCACCCCGAGGGCUUCUUCUACCUCCCCUACGGCCCUUUCCCCUCGUACCCAGCCUUUCUCACCUUCCUCGAAGAGCGCCGUCGCGAGCCCGGAACCCUCCUGUUCGCCGUUCACGACCUCGGGCUCGACUUUGACGACACGCGAGCCGGCGAGGAGGACGAGCUGCGCGAGGAGAGAAUAGCCGGGAUCGUUGGAGUGCUCAAGUCGACGCCGGCGAACCGCAUGACCGAGAUUGGUCAUUUGCACAUCCCGUCCCCGUUCCAGCGCAUCCACGUCCUCACGCACUCGAUCGCGCUCCUCCUUCGGUGGCUCCUCACCCCUCCCUCGUCCGCCGCGCCCUCGUCCCCUCCCGGCCUCGGCCUUCGCCGCGUCCAAUGGUUCGCCAACGCGCUCAACGUGCCCUCGAUUCGCGCCGCAGAGCGCCUCGGCUUCUCGCUCGAGGCGGCGCACAUGGCGUGGGACCGUGUCACGGUCCCGGGCAAGGAGGGCGUCGCGCUGCCGGCGUUCGUGCAAGGUGCGUGGCGCGACGAGGAGGAGCGGAUCGGGAGGGGCAGGCACAGCGCCGUGCUCGCGAUCGGGUGGGACGACUGGAGCGAAAAGGGCGGCAGGGAGCGCGUCGACGAGCUGCUCGAGGGGCGGCCGGUCGUGCGCCGCAGGGCAGCCGACGUGCCCGGCCUGCUCGCAGCGUAA